AUGGCCGCCUCCGUCGUCUCUCUCGAGCAGAUCCCCUCGCUCGCCUCACUCUACCGCGACUCCAAGCUCGCCGGCGGCUCCAAGACACCCGACGCCUCGCCCUCCGCGUCGGCCAACCAGCGCGCUGCACUCAUCCGUGGCGACAUCACCAAGCUGCAGGUCGACGCCAUUGUCAACGCGGCCAACAAGUCGCUGCUCGGCGGCGGCGGUGUCGACGGCGCCAUCCACGCCGCCGCCGGCCCGGGGCUCCUCGACGAGUGCCACACCCUGGGCGGCUGCCCAACAGGCGAGUCGCGCAUCACAAAGGGCUACCGCCUGCCCGCUGCACACGUCAUCCACACCGUCGGGCCCGUCUACAGCGGCAAGAGCGUCAGUGAGCCGCUGCUCCGCAGCUGCUACCGAUCCAGCCUCGAGCUCGCGGCGCAAAAGGGCCUCAGGUCGGUGGCGUUUAGCGGCAUCAGCACGGGCGUCUACGGCUAUCCCAGUGUUGACGCUGCUGUGGUGGCGUGCAGAACGAUCAGAGAGUACCUAGAUGAGCACGACGGCCCGCUUGAAAAGGUCGUGUUUGUCACGUUUUUACAAAAAGAUGUCGAUGCCUAUAAUGCGACUAUUCCAAGAUUCUUCCCUCCGGCUGACAGUACGGAUUGA